AUGGCUGAUAGAUUUUCAAAAUUAUCAUUGAAUGAUACCAACCUUUCUAAAACCAAAAAUGAAAAUUCCGAUUCAGCAACGUCAAUAGCAAGUAAUACUAGUCAGAUAUCCACAAAUGUUAAACGAGCAUCUUCCACUUCUUCUCACUACGAUAACAUUAAUGCUAAUUUGCAUGCACGUGUCAAAGCAUUUCAAGAACAGAGAGCCUUGAAAAGAUCUUCCAGUAUUGGUGGUAGUAAAAAUGACCAAGCUAGAAGCCUACUUCAAGCAUCUUCGACAGAUCAACAACAGCAUUCCCAAUCACAAUCCUCUAAGAAUAUUCAUCAAAUUGUUAAUAAACCGCUGCCUCCUUUGCCACCUAUUGGUUCCUUAGGUUCAACUCAUAGUUCAAGAUCAUCCUCUACACAAUCUCUAGAUAAAAAUUCCAUGUCUUCAUCUUGUUCCCCAACACUACCCAAUGUAGAAAGCGACGAUGUUCAAGAUAGUGCAUUAUUGCGUGGAUCAUCAUCAAACUCAUCCAAAAAUCAUAUAAGAAAGACGAACUUUGAACAAGGGAGGAAAAAUUUAACCAAGUUAUCACAGCAUAAUAGUGGCUCACUGGAUCUUUCUAAAUCCAAGAUUGCUGCAAGGAGAUCAAAUUCGGUUAGCGCAACCAACAGCGAUACUACAGUUCAAGAACAAAUUAUUGAUAAUAAGACUGUUGAACAAUUUGAUAAAGAAACUGUAACAGUGGUUCAAGACGAUGUGUCAGUCACAGCAUCUCAGACUGUAAUCAGGAAGGAAACAAUUACAAUAGCUCAAGAACAACAACAACAACAGCAACAACAACAGCGACAACAACAACAACAACAACAACAACAACAACAACAACAACAACAACAACAACAACAACAACAACAACAACAACAACAACAACAACAACAACAACAACAACAACAACAACAACAACAACAACAACAACAACAACAACAACAACAACAACAGCAGCAGCAGCAGCAGCAACAACCUCCUGCUAACGGUAAUCUUCCACAGUUCAAUCCAUUCAGAAAAGCUCCAAGGCCUCCUCAGCCACAGAGUAGGCCAGUUCUACCUAACUCUAUUAUCGGUGGUAAUCCUGGUUUACCGAGUACAUCAUUAAUGAAUAACAGACCAAAACAGAGUUUAAGUGCUCGUAGAGGCUUAAAGCUACCUCCAGGUGGCAUGUCCCUUAAGAUGCCAAGUAAACAUGCCCUUUCAAAGCCACAACAACAACCACAGCAGGAAUUCGCAGCUACCCCUUCAAAUAGGAAUUUCAAUUCCAAUGGAAAGCGUUCGAAUCCCGGGUCAUUGAUCAACGGCGUCCAGUCAACUUCAACUUCUUCUGCAUACAGUGAACAGCAUGACACUAAGGGAACAACGCCAGAUCAUGUUAAUUCGUUCGGAUCAAGCUCUAGUGGAUCAGGAUCCGGCGGCCUUUUUUCAAGCUUCUCCAAAUACGUUGAUAUCAAAUCAGGUUCUUUGAAUUUUGCUGGGAAGUUAUCGUUAUCAUCUAAAGGUAUCGAUUUCAGUAAUGGUUCAAGCUCAAGGAUAACAUUGGAUGAGCUUGAAUUUUUGGAGGAAUUAGGUCAUGGUAAUUACGGUAAUGUAUCAAAAGUUUUGCAUAAGCCAACAAACGUUUUAAUGGCAAUGAAAGAAGUUAGAUUGGAACUGGAUGAAGUCAAAUUCAGGCAAAUCUUAAUGGAAUUAGAAGUUUUACACAAAUGCCAAUCUCCUUAUAUUGUUGAUUUUUACGGUGCAUUCUUCAUUGAAGGCGCCGUGUAUAUGUGUAUGGAAUAUAUGGAUGGUGGAUCCUUAGAUAAGAUUUACGAUCAAUCACCGGAAAUUGGAGGUAUUGAUGAACCACAAUUAGCGUUCGUCACGGAUGCCGUUAUACGAGGACUAAGAGAAUUAAAGGAUAAUCAUAAUAUUAUUCAUAGAGAUGUUAAGCCAACCAAUAUCUUAUGUUCUGCAAAACAGGGUACCGUCAAGUUAUGUGAUUUUGGUGUUUCAGGUAACCUAGUGGCAUCGAUGGCAAAGACAAAUAUUGGUUGUCAAUCUUAUAUGGCGCCUGAAAGAAUUAAGUCCUUAAAUCCCGAUAUCGCCACAUAUUCUGUGCAAUCGGAUAUAUGGUCAUUGGGGUUAAGUAUUCUUGAGAUGGCGUUAGGUAGGUAUCCCUAUCCACCUGAAACUUUUGAUAACAUCUUUUCUCAACUGAGUGCUAUUGUGGAUGGUCCACCUCCUAAGCUUCCGGCAGAUACAUUCAGUAAAGAAGCUCAAGAAUUUGUGUCGUUAUGUUUAAACAAGAAGCCUGAGAGAAGACCUAAUUAUUCUGCAUUGAUCGAACACCCAUGGUUGGUUAAAUACAGAAACGUUGACGUUGGCAUGAGUGAGUAUUUUUCAGAAAGGCUGGAAAAACGUAACAAAAUUUUAGCUGAAAGAGGAGAAGACAGUCUUCCUAAAAUUGUCCCAGCUUUGCAUAUGGGAGGGCUCUAA